CAGGAAUGCAAAAUGUGCAGGUAAACUGAGUCACGCAGCUUGUUCACAGAAAUAUUUCCAUGUUCUCUCGCUUCUCCCCAGACUCCUGCUGCCAGGAAGGGGCAUACCUGGGUUAGAGCUCAGCCGUCCUCCAGCAGAGCCCUUCUGCUACGGGUGCCAGGUCCUGACCCAGUAGGUUCCCCCCACCCAGCGGAUCUGGAGAGAUGCAGCGACUCCGGGAGGACGUCACUUGCUCCAUCUGCCUGGAUGUCUUGAAUGACCCCGUCUCCAUCGAGUGUGGCCACAACUUCUGCCGGGAAUGCCUCGCGGCUCACUGGAUCGGGGUCUCGGCCUGGGGGUCCCAGUGCCCUGAGUGCCGGGCUCCCUGUUCCAGGGACAGGAUGAUCCCAGACACGCGGCUGAGAGCCCUGGUGGAGAAAAUCACAGCACCCCUGCGGGAAGAGAUGGAGCCACAGGGGCCGGGGGCUCAGCCAGAGCCGGGGAGCCCGGUGCAGCUGGUGCGUCUGGACGAGGAAGGGGACCUGAUCCUGGACGAGGAGGCCCUGAGCCGCUGCCUGGAGCAGGGUGGGGUGGGGGACGCUCCCGUCUGCCUGGUGUCCAUCAUCGGGGAGCAGCGCCGGGGCAAAUCCUUCCUGAUGAACUGCGUGCUGCGCCGGCUCCAGAGACAGGCCUAUGUUGCCAGGUGUCCAGUUUUCGGUCAAAAAGGCAACCUGGCAGCCUCCAGUCAGAACAGCUGACUGGACACUAAAAGUCCGGUUGGUCACAGUAACCGGCCUCUGCCACUGGGGGCCGGGAAGAGCAGCAGCUCCGGGGACGGCUGUAGCCACAUGGAGGAGCUGCUCUGCUCAGCUGCUG